AUGCGCGAUGCAUUGACCGAUGGAUUGAUUACAACUUGGCAAGUAGUGCUUUUCACUAACGCUCCUCGCAUUAUUCUUCUGAAAGAAGGUACGGACACUUCUCAAGGUGUUCCGCAAAUAGUGAGUAACAUCAAUGCUUGUCAAGCAGUUGCUGAUGCGGUGCGUACCACAUUGGGCCCUCGUGGAAUGGAUAAGCUGAUACUCGAUAAUAACAAUAAUUCCACAAUUUCUAACGAUGGUGCCACAGUUUUGAAACUCUUGGAUGUUGUUCACCCGGCUGCUAAGGCGUUGGUAGAUAUAUCGAGGUCUCAGGACGCUGAAGUUGGUGACGGAACUACGAGCGUUGCACUUUUGGCGGCGGAGUUAUUGCGGCAGAUCAAGCCCUACGUUGAAGAAGGUGUGCAUCCGGCUAUUAUAAUUCGGGCGUUCCGGGAAGGCGCUAGGAUUGCUUUGGCGAAAUUGAAUUCCCUUGCUUGUCGCGUUGAGAAGGACUCCCCCAGCGAACAGAGGAGGCUACUCGAAAUGUGCGCGGCUACUGCUCUUAGUUCCAAGCUUGUAGCUAGUCAAAAAGACUUCUUUUCUAGACUGGUCGUUGAUGCAGUCAGAAGUUUGGAUUCACAACUUUCCCUUAAGAUGAUAGGAAUCAAAAAGGUUGCUGGAGGCGCCCUGGAAGAUUCUCUGCUGGUUGAUGGUGUCGCUUUUAAGAAAACUUUUAGCUACGCUGGGUUUGGAAUGCAGCCAAAAUCCUAUCAGAAUCCUCUUAUUGCCCUUUUAAAUAUUGAGUUAGAAUUAAAGGCUGAGAAGGAAAACGCCGAAAUCCGAUUGAACACGGUUGAGGAAUACCAAAAGGUUGUUGAUGCUGAGUGGAGUGUUCUUUACGAGAAGCUCUCCAUCUUGCACAAGUCUGGUGUCAAAAUAGUUCUCUCGAAACUACCCAUUGGUGAUGUCGCCACUCAAUUCUUUGCCGAUCGUGACAUGUUUUGCGCUGGUCGUGUCCCCGGGGAAGACUUGAAACGCACUCAGAUGGCCUGUGGAGGAAGUAUCCAAACGACUGUUCAAGGCUUGACGCCCGACAUGCUUGGAAAGUGUGAAAGCUUCGAGGAGGUUCAAAUAGGCUCUGAGAGAUUCAAUAUUUUCAAAGGCUGCACUCAGUCGAAGGCUUGCACUAUCAUUCUUCGUGGUGGUGCUGAGCAGUUUAUGGAGGAGACGGAGCGUUCUCUUCACGAUGCUAUCAUGAUUGUCCGUCGGGGAAUAAAGAAUGAUGCUUUUGUUGCUGGCGGCGGAGCCAUUGACAUGGAAUUAAGCAAGCAUCUUCGUGAGCAUGCUCGCACUAUUCCUGGGAAGGAUCAGCUUUUCAUUACCGCGAUGGCGCGUGCCUUUGAAAUCAUUCCCAGGCAACUUUGUGAAAACGCGGGUUUCGAUCCUACAAACAUACUGAACAGACUUCGUCAGGCUCAUGCUAGAGGUGAGGUAUGGGCAGGUGUGGACAUUAACAGUGAGGAUAUAGCCGAUAACUUCGAGAAAUUUGUAUGGGAGCCGGCACUGGUGAAAAGCAACGCUAUUACUGCGGCCACGGAAGCUGCCUGCAUGAUUCUGAGCGUGGACGAGACAAUCAAAAACCCUGAGUCGAAGAAUCCUGUUGAUGAGACACCGGUGGGUCCCAGAGGUAGAGGUAUGCCUCCGGCUAUUUCACAACAGACUGAGAAGUUGAGAAGUGUUCAAACAUCUGAGAGUACACAUUACUUGUCAGAACGCAUAUGUGUUGAUAUUGUCAGCUACCUUACAAAGUCUGGACGUCUUCGACUUAUCCGAACAAUUGAUGGUCGUGCAUUUUUGACGGAAAAUGAGCUUUUUAAGGAAAUUAUUGAAGAGCUGGCGGCCCGUAGAGGACGCGUUUCGCUGUUGGAAAUAUCUAAGAAUCUCGAGGUGGAGUAUUCAGUCAUUGAAUCGCACGUUCACGAGCUCCUCUCGAACCCUUAUGAAUAUUUGGACGAGCAGUGCUUGCUUGUUGCCGGUGAGUUAAUGACCAAAAGCUUUAUCAGACGCAUUGCCGAAGAGAUCCGAGAUCGAUUAAAGUUUCGUGGAGCAGAGAGCAUGAUUGAGUUAUCACGUGUUUAUAAUUUUACUCCGCAGUUCUUGGCCUCCAUUAUCAGUGAUUACAGUGGUGUGCUGUUCAAUGUUCAUCGAGAUGGCGAUAAACUUUACACUCAAAUAUUCAUGUCUAAACAAAAGUCCAAAGUUAUGGGCUAUCUUUCUGCUGUUGUUGCUCCGAUAUCCCUUGCUGACUGUGGUAGCAAACUGGAUAUACCACUUAAGGUUUUGUCGAGUCUUAUUGAUACUCUCAUAUCAAGCGGAAAGCUGAAAGGUACAUUAACGGCUGGAAAAAGUCUUUAUACACCGCUUUGCUAUCGAAAAGCCCAGGAUACAUAUAUCUCAGAUUUUGUGAAACAAAAUGGCUACGUCGAAUGGACUACUGUUCAACGAGUCGGCAUUCCCGAUCCAUCUUCCUAUCUUCGUUCCCAUUUCCCCUCAGCCAUUCACACCAAGGGACUUACUAUUUGUGAGUCAACCGUCUCCCAAAUUAGAGCAGUUUUGGAGGACAAAGCCUUGGAUACCUCGUGGAUCGAUGUAUCGCACUACCUACCAGAAGUUUUCGGUGCGCAAGAACGUGAGUGGGUGAUAAAACCACUUCUUGCAGGAACCGAUUUCAUCCCUAUAAAUAAUUAUAUGUACCUCUAUUCUGCAAAUGGCCUUUCUGAACACAUUUCCUGUUUUGAUCACUUUAUUCGUGAACAGGCGGCUGUCGCAGCAGCCGAACAGAAGCAAAAAGCUUGUUCAAAACCCAGAAAGAGUGUUUUGGCUCCUUCUGAAGAAACGCCUACAAGAGGAUUCGACAAGAAGGGUAAAUCAGGUGGUUUUGGUGGUCGUUCACGUGAAAUCAAGACAAAGCAUGUAAAAAAGAAGUAUCUCAAAAGAAAUGUGGAUUCUGACGAGGAAGAGAAUAAAGCAGGAAUCUGCAUAGAGUCAUAUCUACUGCGGGAGAGUUUGCUCUCUCUCCUGACCUCUAGCGUUGGUGCAGAUGCUCCCGAAGACUUGAUUGAGGGAAUUCUUGACAAAUUGCUUCCAAGGAUCCAUGAAACGUUCUUGUCGCUUGUGAAAUCGGUUUAUCUGCAGACAUCGGACUCGUUAAAAAAUCGCGAUAGAUGCCUUGCUGAAAAGGACUCCUUGGUUUCAACCAUUCUGUCUAUACAGCUUUUUGAACGUGGGAGUCUAGCGAUUGAUGAUGCCGAUCUUCGCGUUCAACUACUUCGUCAACUUAUUCGCGGUGAGGUUUCCACUUUUGUCAAUCGACUCUACGUCCUACUUGCUCAAAACUACGACGUUGAUUGGCCAAACUUAGCUACGGAAAAUCUCCCAUCUGGUAAGGGCAAGAAGAACAAACAGAAGAAGCGCGACGAGGGGGAGGUAGCUCUCAGACAUUCUACCGAGUUGAACCCCAGUGAUAUAACGUUUCAGCAACGUAAUGCACUUGCGGAUCUUCUUGGUAAGAUGGGAGAUGAGCCUACAAAGGAGGCCUCUUUACUGGUUCAACAAAUCAACGCAUGUCUCCGCGUCAACACAGACCUCUCCGGUUCGGGGGGAAGUCUCCCUCUAGACGAAGUAUUUUCCCUGUGUGAUGACCUGGCUCACUCUCACCUUGGCAUUAAUCUCUCCGUAUCUGUGCUUCGAAGUGGAACUGCAAAACGGAAGCGACAGGACCGUUUACUGGCACUUAAAAUCGCUGGUGAAACCGAACAGCAGAUGAUUAAUGCAGCAAAUGCCGAGGAAGAAAAUUACCUUGCCUGUGUAAGCCUAGCAGGAGCUGCACUGUUUGGUCAGUGCCUGGCUGGCUGGCCUCUUCCUGCUCAUGGCAAACUCGUUCCUCACCUCUCAGUCUGGAUCACCAAGAUGCUAUCGUUACCCACUAACACUUCCGUCCCAUAUGCUGCGGCUGUAAAUGAACUGCGUGCAGCGAAAGCUGGCGAACAACUGACUCGAUUAACGGAGUUAGUUAUGCAGGAAGCGAGACGUGGUGAGGACGACUCUAUGGUAUCAGGGUCAGAGAAAAAAGAUCUUGUGGAUCAGCUCCUCUCAACGGCUUCUCGAUGCCUGCGAGCCAUGGAAAGCAAUUCGCGCAAGUCUAGCACUGACUAA